AUGGAAGAUUUUUUACAAUCCAAGUCCGAUGCUACGUCGUUGAGUGUGGAUGUUUUGGACAAGAGCAAACAAACCGAUUCGUUCUUCACUAUUUUAACGCAAAAAAGUCGCAAAUUAACGCCACUCGAGAAACUAAUGAACAUCUCGGAAUAUAAAAAAAUAUAUAAAGACAUGUCGGUUUCCGCGUUCAAUUCCUUCGAAGAAUUAUCAACCUACGGAGUAAUAGUGGACGUGUUGGACAAUGGUUUUUUAAAAAUCAAUCGCAAGCGACUGCGUAGAUUGAAUUAUGUUUUAGUUCUACGUGUUUGUAAAUUGGACGAUCCCACGACUCUGUUUGGCUGCAAAGAGCUAAACGUCAGAUGCGAGCAUUUUGAAGAAGAUAGGAUAUUCAUAAGAGACGACAACAGCGAGUACCCAGUACCGGCCAAUGCCGAAAAAAACGAAGGCUACGCGUUGGCUAUAAGUUUUAGCGUCGAAGACUGUCAUCCGCAUCACGGACAAAGAGUGUUGGUCAGUAGUGAUGAUAAGUCUUAUGAAUAUUUAAUGAUAUGUAGGUGUAUCCGAGAAGGAUAUAUCGGCAACGAUCAUCUUUUAGGCAAUUGCACCGUAGUGCGUAUUUGUAAUGGGAAAGUAAAGGAUAUAAACGUGCCGUUCGGUGAAAUAGAAUGUGAUUGUAGGAAAACCGAACGCUCUUUGAUGCAGAACGGCAUCCCGAUGUGUAGGACUUUGACGAUUUCCGAAGCAAAUGAUUUGUACAACGACUGGAUGUUUCUAAUAGAAAUACCCAAAGACGCGGUUCUGCUGAACACGAAAUACUACAAUACGGACGUGCGGUCCAACGUUAAGGUAUCUCAUCUACUGUCGCCGUGUUCGCACUCGUUGAUAAAUCCCAGUCAGAAACUUGUGGGUUCUUAGUAUU